CGUCGAUAGGAGAUUCAUACAGGGACCGGGGUCAUGUGGUCAAUGAGGGACACUGAAGUCAGCCAGGUGUAUAAAGGAGCCUUUCUCUUGGUGGAAACAGACUCCAACAGAUUCACACACUGAGAUCUUUGUCACAAACGGCCGGAUUUCCUCCAGGAAGAUGGAAACGCUGCUCAAACUCUGCAUCAUUCUCAUCAUUUUCUCCUCAGCAUCGGCUCAGACCCCCACCUCAGUGACCAGCAGCCAGAAUGCUACUGUAACAAACACCACCACGACCCAGAACGCAAACACAAUUAACAACUCGACUGUUUCUGUUACUUCAAACAUGGCAACAAACCAGAGUACAACCCUCUCAACUCCAGCUAACUCAACGACAAACAUGACCACGACCCUGAGCCCAAACUCAACAACUGCUUCAAACCUGACCACAACUCCCAGUACAAACUCAACAUCAACAGUCAAUAAUGUCACAGGUACAUCCACCAUGAACGUGACCACAACUCCCAACACAAACUCAACAUCAACAGUGGAUAAUGUCAAUGGUACAUCCACCGUCAACUUGACCACAACUCCCAGUACAAACUCAACAUCAACAGUGGAUAAUGUCAAUGGUACAUCCACCGUCAACCUGACCACAACUCCCAGUACAAACUCAACAUCAACAGGCAAUAAUGUCACAGGUGCUUCUACUGUGAACCCAACCGCUACUUCAAGCACUACAAGCACAACCCCAACAACGACACAGAGGCCCAACCCCACCACAAACCCAACGACCAGCCUUACAACCAGCACUGCCCCCAGCGGCAGCAGCGGCGGCAGCGGCAGCAGCAGCGGCAGCGGCGGUGGGGUUCCUGGAUGGGCCAUUGCCCUGCUGGUUCUGGCUGCUUUGGUUCUACUGCUGCUCCUCCUGUUUCUUAUCGCUCUGCUGGUGUGGUUCUGCUGCUGCAGACACAGAAGCAGCUUCAGUCCCUAUGCAAACCUGAACAACAUGGACAACGUCCCGAUGUACACCACCCACACCCGGUUCGUUGGGACCAAUGCCAGAGAACAAGAAGACCUGGGGAAGCACAUGAACCGGCGGUCCGGCUCGUACACCAUCACCUCGUAAUGAAACGUCACGACAUCAGGAGAAGGGACACCUCAGAUUGCAACGUUUUUACAUUUCAUUAAUUAUGUGGCUGAAACUUCAAAAUUAUGCUGAUUUUUGUUUAUUAUCUGCUGAGAACUGCAGCAGAAAAUCAACAAAUUUUCCUUUUAACAAUGUUAGUGUAGAUGGGCCCAGUCUAUGAUGCCUCGCCUGAUCUUUGGUUUUAUCUCACAUAAAUGGAAGAAGAGCCCAGCGAUCAAAAACCCACCGUUUUCUACAACACAUGGAUUUUGUUUAAAAUGUUCCUUUUAACCUUGAUUUUAAAUCUCAUAUAUGAUAAUCUUACAGAACAGGGAAACUCCUCCUGGAAGCAUUAUUGUAAUUUAUAAAUAACCUGACCCACAAUAUUGACCCGAUUCUUUUAUUCA